AUGGUAGGCAAAACCACCACCAACACCACCAACACCACAUCAUCCUUCCCAGAUAUCCUCGAUGUAAUCAUCGUCGGUGCCGGUCCCUGCGGCCUAGCAGUCGCCGCCAGACUACGAGAAGAAACCCCCUCGGCCAUGUUCACAGACGACGAACACCAACGUUAUCACUGGAUCAACAAACACAGUGGUCGAAUGGCUCUGGUGCAAGCGCAUCGGGGAAAGUUAAAGGGCGUAAAAGCGGAUAAAUGGCAGGGAUACGAUUCUCGUCGUUCGAGACGGGCGUCCUCUUCAGCUUCUUCUUCCUACUCGUCUGCGUCUUCUCCGCCGUCAUUGUCUUCGUCUGUUUCUUCAGACCCGGAAAUAGUUAUGGAAGAGGGAGGUGGCCAAAAUGGUACUUCCACCCUCGUGCUAGAUAGUUCGGGGGAUCAGUGGAUGCAGAGGUGGAAUAGGGCUUUCCGAACGUUGGAGAUCGAGCAGCUUCGCAGUCCGAUGUUCUUCCAUGUGGAUCCGAGAGAUCGGGAUGGCAUGUUGGCGUAUACGCAGGAGUCGAGCAGGGAGAAAGAUCUGUGGGAGAUUUCGGGAUGCGUGGGUAAGGAGUUGAGUAAACAUAAGAAGAAGAAGCAGCGGUCGAGGGCACAGGCUGUUGGAGAGGUUGAAAUCGAUGAAAGAGACCGUAAAGAUUACUUUUCACCUUCGACGGGGCUGUUUGCCGAUUACUGUGGGAGUAUUGUGUCCCGGUAUGGGCUGGACUCGCCCGGAAUGAUCAGGAAGUGUGAGGUGAAUGAUAUAUGCUACGACUACCACCCAGAGUUGUCACCAUCUGACAAGAUUUUUACUGUCACAACGGCCGACGGCACACGAUUCUAUAGUCGCGUGGUGGUGUUGGCUAUUGGGCCGGGGAGGACAAAGAUACUGCCGUUCAAUCUGUCCGGGGACGAGGAGCAAGGUGCUUGUCAUAGCACAGAGAUUCGCACAUUUCCCAGUCCUAAUGUGAAGGCCAAGAUCAAGCAGCGCCAGGAGACGAAUGUGGUGGUCGUUGGAGGAGGGCUGUCGUCAGCGCAGGUCGUGGACAUGGCAAUUCGAAGAGGCGUUACCAAUGUGUGGUUUCUUUUGAGGUCGGAUUUUAAAGUCAAGCACUUCGACCUUGCUUUGAACUGGAUGGGCAAAUUCAAAAACUUCGAGAAGGCAGCUUUCUGGUCCGCAGACACGGACGAGGAACGCCUUGAGAUGAUCAAAGCCGCGCGCAAUGGCGGCAGUAUCACGCCACGGUAUCAGAAGAUCCUGAAGCAACAUGUGGCGUGUCACCGACUUUCUAUACACCCACGGACCGUCAUUUGCGGCAGGGAGUACUGCGCCUCCUCACGCACAUGGCGUCUUACGACAGAUCCCCCGAUCCCCGACCUCCCUCGCAUCGAUUAUAUAUACUUCGCAACAGGCAUGCAGGCAGAUGUGAACGAGCUUCCGCCGCUCCAGCGGAUGAAUCAUGAUUAUCCAAUUGAAACCAAGCAGGGGUUGCCUUGUAUCACCGAUGACCUGAUGUGGCAAUCCGAUGUACCUCUCUUCUUAACGGGCCGGCUGGGGUCCCUUCGUCUGGGUCCGGGUGCGGCCAAUCUCGAGGGAGCAAGGCUGGGGGCAGAGCGAAUCGCGUGGGCAAUGGAGGAGGUAUUGGGUCGAGAAGGAUCAGAGGAUACGGGGUCUGAAAGAUCCAAGCAGUGUUUCUGCGGGUUGGGGAAUCGAUAUGCUGAACUUGCUGACGUAGAUGGGUGAGACAACGAGUGUGAUGAACAUGAGACUAUGCUUUGGGGCUGUAGGCAUAGGCUGUAUGCAUUUCAAAGAAUACAAUGGCUCAUCAUGAUGAAGAUGUGCUGUCUCAGUGUCUCAGAAGCCUUAAUGCUGUAUGUAAAAUGACUAUACUGUAAAUAGCUUACAUACAAGUCCUUCCGUAGAUCACACACAGCACAGCCUAUGAUACCU